AUAAACACAUUAUAUAAUUAUACUUUGAUUCGCACAACGCUACAGUAUUAUUGGUUUUUAACUUAACCAUUUAGUUUACUACUUUAAGCAUGGAUAUAAAAAGUGCAUUAGUAGAUGGACUAACGUCUGAACCUAAAUACAUUCCAGUAUGGUUUAGGUACGACAAACAAGGGUCGCUUUUUAAUGACAAGUGUUUAUCGGACAAUAAAUUUUACUAUUUUUAUCAGUCGGAAGUAAAUGUUCUUUCAUGUAGUGCGCAGGAAAUUGUUGAGCAAGUAACGUCACCAUGUGUAUUAGUGGAAAUGGGCAGCGGCAAUUCCGAGAAAUCUCGCACUUUUAUAGACACAAUUUUAAAAAGACAGAAAAGUUUGACCUAUAUUCCGGUGGAUAUAUCUGCAGAUUUUCUUCAAGAAUGUAGCGACGCUUUAUCUAAGGACUAUGGUGAUAAACUAGAUGUCAGACCAAUUGCUGGAGACUACAGCGUCGGUAUUAAACAAAUCAGUUCGAUCCCUGGGCGUAAACUUAUUGUUUGGCUAGGUGGGGGCUUUCAGAAUCAGCCUUACAAUGUUCAAGUAGAAAGAAUUCGUAGUCUUUCUCAAUGCAUGUCAGAAGACGACCGGUUGCUGAUUGCUCUGGACAUUACACAAGAUGCUACUGCAGUGGAAAAUGCAUAUUUAGAUCCAACAGGAGUUGCGGCACCUUUAUAUCUGAAUGCAAUAUGGCGACUAAAUAGAGAAUAUGGGGCUGAUAUAGACACGGACAAGUUCAGACUAGAGGCCAAAUUCGAAAAGAGCUCAGAGGAUGAUCGCUUGAGUCUACUUGUAUUGAAAGCUGUUUCAAAAUGUGAUCAGCAAUACAACAUAGGCGGUUUAGGUAUUAAUGUUAGCCUUUAAAGCUGGAGAGUAUCUACGGUUCGCACGAGGCGGAGGCUGUCAGCUGUAAAUAUUCCGAGUCUCAGAUACGUACUCUAACCAGAAAGGUGGACAGAAA